AUGUUUGAUCGCGUCAAGGCCGAGGACAAGUGCCAGACGACCACAUUUCUCCAGGGCGGUGUGUCCCGCCUUGUGCGCAACUGGCUUGGGCCUCGUCCAUCCAACGCAUGCGGGUAUGAAUGCUUUCGGCAGCGGGGUUCGGCAAUCACGGUGCUGACGGGCAAUGCGUCUAUCCAAGCCUCGCUCGUGUCGCUCUUUGGGGCGGCCAAUGCCGCCUAUUACAACGGCGUGCCCAAGCCCGAGCGCGCGCGGACCCUCGCCCGCGCCAACGUCGUGCACGAGGCGAUCGACGCCGACGUGCGCGAAUAUGUUUUGUAUGCGACCGAGACGCGCCUCGGCUCCAGCCGCUGGCACAUCGUCGCCGACGCUUUUGUGAGCACGUACAGUGCGGCCACGCGCCUCUGCGUCGAGCGCAACGUCGGGCGCAAGCGAGGCGACCGGAUCAGUGUGCGCCGUUGGUGCAGCCCCCGGUGUCGAUAG